UCGGCGGCGGCCCGGCGGUUUGUGCCCCGACCGAGCCAGCGCCGCAAGGCCGAUGGUACCGACGCACCCGAGCCCAAGAUCAAGGCCGAGACGCAGGCCAAGGCCCCGCGCCCUAGCCAGGGUGGCCGUGGCGAUCGCAAAGCCGAGCACGGCGGCCGCGGUGGCCGUGGCGGCGCCGAGCGGGAUGGUGGGCGUGGUCGCGGCGGCCGUGGUGGGCGUGGCCGCGCGCCGCUUCCGAUGGGCCGCGUUGCGUUUGAAGGGUCCAUGGCAGCAGGCUCGUCGGGCACGAGCACGUCGAGCGUCAGUGCCGCCAAGAUGAAGAAGCCCGUUUCGUCCGAUGCCAUUGGUAUCAGCGUAUUGGACGAGACCCUUGACAACACGCAUUUGGAUGUCGAGGAGCCGAUCCAGUGGCCACCAGUGAUCGAGUCGACGAUGCAGCCCAUGUGCCUCCCGUUCGGUCGUCCGCCCAAGCACUUUUCCGUCACGGACGACGAAGCCGGCGGCGCUGUUUUUUGCGACGAGCUCGGCAACUUUAUCGUGCAGGACGACGACCUCUUCUUCAUCCAGCUGCCGACGACGCUGCCCGCCACCAAGGACGACGACGACGCGCCCGUCAAGCCCGCCAACAAGGACGCCGAGGGCCUCGAGCUCUUUGACAAUGCGCUCAACACGAUGCCGAGUGGGUACUUGGGCAAGAUUCAAAUCCACAAGUCGGGCAAAGCGGUCCUUGUCCUGGGUGACAAGACGUUUGAUAUUGCACCGGCUCAGCCGCCGACGUUCUACGAGGAGCUCGUCUCGAUGGAUACGAAGGACCGUCUGCUUUCGCACUUGGGGCCGGUCGCCAACCAUCUCGUCGUGACGCCCGACUUUGAGUCGCUCUUGGCAUAA